AUGGAGCGCUUCUGCGAAGUGUACAACUUAUUUAAAAAUCUGGAGUGGUACCAGGUGUUCGCGAGAUUACAGUCUACAUCCAAGAACAAGUUCACCAUCAACACUACCACCUUUAACACUACCGCCAUUAACACUACCGCCAAUAACACUACCGCUGGCUUCCCAGUUAUUCUGGCUUUAAUCUCACUCGUGGGCGUAGAGCUGCUGCACUGUCUGUGUCGCAUCCCGUUAGACGCCGAGACGAUACACCUACCAUACAUCAUCAGCAGUGUGAUGGGUCUUACGGCCAACAGCCUGUACUACACCGGCCAAGGCUUGGGCUAUCUAGGUCAGCAACGCAUCCCCCCGCGGAACAGGCACAUGCCUGAGUACGCACCGCACAGUGAGACGUACAGGAGUGGCUAUGAAGGUGCUGAUAGCGCUCAGAAGCAUCAGGGUAGUGGCCCGGGGGCGCGAACGGGGACUGCGAGUUAGGAGAGGAGUGUGGCUGACCUGUGCAUGUUCGUGUACGUGUGUGUGUGAUGACACGUGGUGUUGUAUGCACGUACACAGGGUUUGCAAGUAUAAGAAGUAUAAGAGUGGGGUGGUGAGCGAUGCACAUACAGCUCGGGCCAUCGUUAGAACAGAUUGGCAUGGAAGGCGGUGUGGGUGGAGAACUGGUGAAUACUCACUCUCUCUCUCUCACGCACACACAUGUGUGCCAAAGGUAAACCCUAAACCCUAGGGGAGGCAACCUGGUUCACCACUAUCCGCCAGCCCAGAGAUGAAGGAUUCUACACGCACAACCUGGUACACAUACAAGACCCGUGUGUACAGGUCGGCCUCCUGAAACGUCACACACACAUGCACAUACAUGUACGUGCACACACAAUUGAACACAAAUAUGCCCAGAUGCGAAUCCAAAACCAACACACGUGUACGCACCUUCAAAGGCGUGCGCUGGGCACUCGCUUUCCUCUAGGGGUUCAGGGUUUAAGCGAUGCAGAGUCGCGGGUACAAUCAGCCAGCCAGCGCUGCAAAGUGCUGGACGGGUAGAUGAUACUCUUACGAGGACAAAGAAGCAUGGCAACAAUCAACAAGCGCACCUACGGCAUAUGCGCACCCCAAUUCGUACGCAAAUGGUUAGUAUAGGG